AUGAAAUCGUCUGUUCCGGCUAUCGUUAGCUUCAGAAUCCCCGCUGCAAUGAUUGAUGUGUUAGUUGGAGAGGAAGACCAGCAAUCACAUCUCAUAGCAUAUGCAACGGAGACGGAAUUGUUUCUGCCACGCCGUUUACAAAGCUCCACCUUUACAAUCAGCGGAUAUGAUCAUAACAUCCGCAAAGCUCUGCGGAUUAUUGAGAAAAUAAUCAAUGAAGAGUGUUGUGAUUCCGCUUCUUCAAAUUACACUUUUAUUGCUGAUCCGAAUGUGGAGGAAAGUGGUACAAAUUAUAUCCUUUGCAACGGAUCGAUUCGUGAAGCAAGGUAUAGGCCUAAGAAGGGAAGGUAUGCAUCGAGGUUAAUAAGAGUAUCAAAUAUUUGGUGA